AAGUGUUUAAAGCAUUUGGAGCAUUAACUGGACUACUGCUCAUGGCUGCAUGAAUUCAUGAAUUCGAACAUUGAUCGUACGACGUAUUAACAAUAUUGUACGUGUAAAAAUAUCGCACGAUAAUGAAUGUUAUGUCCAAUCGCGUAACAUACUGCGUUAGGUCCCUCUUGCUCGCGAGGAGCGUGCCGAUAAAUUGUUCUCGGCAGAAGAAUGAUUUUGAAGAUUUAAUUCAUCCGGAGAGUCGGGAGCCCAACAUUCCGAGUUACGCGGAACGCAAAGAAGAAAACGCGGAUGUUAAAAGAGCGAGACUGACGUAUCAAUCCCGCAAGCGUGGGAUGCUGGAGAAUGGUCUACUUCUUAGCACAUUCGCGAAGAGGUAUCUGAACACGUUCGAUGACAAACAGUUACAAUUAUAUGACCAGCUUAUAAAUUUACCAUCGAACGAUUGGGAUAUAUUCUACUGGGCAACUGGUGUUAAGCCAACACCACCUGAAUUUAACAACGAAGUGAUGGAUUUGUUGAAGAAGCACGUUCAAAAUGAAGAUCGACAGUCUAGAAUAAUGCAGCCGAAUCUGUAAAUAGUAUUCUACGUAGUAGCAUAAUUAAAAAUAAAAAUGUAAGAUAUGAUAGUGUGCAAUAAUAUAGAGUAAUAUAAAUUUGUCUGAAUAAAGCACAGUAUUAUUUAAUAA